AACCUCCAAAGACGAACAAAGGAAAACUAUAAACGAAGCAGCUCCUUUAGCUUUGUUAAUUAUUUAGAAUAAAAUGUCCCGAUUAAUUCAGUGUUUAAUCGUCCGGAAGGACCUUCCAUGGCCUCCAGGAGCUCUCAUUGCUCAAGCCUGCCACGCCUCAUCGGCUAUAAAUCACACAACAAUUGGCGAAGCGAGGGAAGCAUUCGGAAAAGCGGAAGGUGUUAAAAUUUCCAUCAUGGAGGUGGAGAAUCAGGAAGCCCUUCAGGACGCCAAUGAUAAGCUGAACAAAUACGGAGUUGACUUCAAAUUGUGGACAGAACAACCCGAGAAUUUCCCAACUUGCAUUUGCCUCAAAAUUUAUUUAGAGGAAUUUGUAGAAAAAUAUCUCAAGGAAAUAAAUGCAGAGAAAGUUUUAUAAUUGAAGGAAUCAUUAA